UGGCUGACAUCACUAAUUCAAUAGCGCCGCAGCCAGAAUGGCGAUGUAAUUUUCGUCAAUAAUUUUCACAAAGUUCAGCAACGAAACCGCAAACAGACAGUGCUAAGCAGCCAAACAACUGACUGUCUGUCCAACGGUCAGCAGCAACUGUGUGACGGUCUGUGUGUGUGUGUGUGCGCGCUGUGUGUGCUGUGAGUGAUGGAAUCUGCUGAGCAACUCGUUGCAGCCGCUUUGAAGGGCGCCGCAAAUCCGAAUCAUGAAAUUGUGCAAAAAGCCGAAGCCCAAUUGAGCGAAUGGGAACAGUUGCCCGGCUUUUUUCCCAUCCUCGCCAAGCUCAGCAUGAAGCUGCCCGGUGAGGUGAAUGAUGUUGCCGGCGCAACUGCUGCAACCUUAACCGAUGCGGUCAAAACACGUUGGAUGGCCGCCGUCUACUUGAAGAAUGGCAUUGAACGCUAUUGGCGUCACAAUUCCCGUUUCGAACUGUCGCCGGAGCAGAAGCAGCAAAUCCGUGACAUACUUCUCCAGCACUAUAGUGCCGAGGAUGUGCCACAGGUGGCGCUGCAAGUAGCUGUGCUGCUCAGUAAAAUUGCACGCAUCGAUUCCUGGCCGGAGUUGAUGCCGACACUGAUGACACAGUUGCAGGGCUGCGAUGCGCAGGCGGUACUGCAACAGCAGCGCACACUUCUCAUGCUGCACUACGUCAUCAAGGCGCUCGCAUCGCGUCGCCUGAUGCCUGAGAAGCGGGCGUUCGAGGAGCUGGCUGGACAAAUCUUUAGCUAUAUGGCUUGGGAUAUUUGGGCAACGCUCACCGAACGUUUUCUACAACUGAUCAAGACUGAGCAGCAGCAGCAGCAGUUGCAGGAGGAGGAGCAGCAGCUGGCGCACAGUUGCCUACAGCGUGCUUACAUCUCGUUGCGUACGCUGCGCAAGCUGCUCGUCUACGGCUGCGGAAGUAAACCGUACAAGUCCAGCGAUCACAUGAAUUUCAUUGAGAAGCUCUUCGAGCGACUGCGUCAGUGCCUUGAGCUGCGCUAUCAGCUGCGUCUGCGUGCGGCAACAGCAGCAGGAGCAGCAGCAGCAGCAGUAGCAGCACAGCCCACCCAGCUGCUGGCGGAUCUGGAGCGUUUCAUACUGAAGAUGAUGAAGUGCCUGAAUGAGUUUAUGGAACGACAUGCGUUGUCCUUUUCACGCUUCGUUUCGAUGGCAUUGGAGUUCAGUUUCCAUUAUGUAUUCCAUGAGGGCACCGCUCUGAUCUUUGACAGCGGCGAUCGCAUCAAUUUCAGCAAUUUUGUCAUCCAAGCCAUCAACAUGCUAAAGUACAUCAUGAUGAGUGGCAAUCAUAAUAUUGCACCAGAUGCUGUGGGCAGCAUGGAGGAGGAACUAUUGGCGUUAUCCUCGCAAACCCAAUCGAAAUUUUUCAGCGUGGAGCGUGUAACGUAUUUGUGUGAGAAAAUUGUCACACAUUAUUUUCUGCUGAGUGCGGAGGAGUUGGCCGAAUGGCAACAGGAUCCGGAGGGUUAUGGCCAGGACGAUGGCGGCGGCGAUGCCUGGAAAUAUGAGCUACGUCCGUGCGUGGAGACGCUCUAUUUUACGUGCUUCACACAGCACUCGACGGUGAUGAUCACAGAGGUGCUGAAAUUUGUGCGUCGCGCCCAGCAGCUACAGCUGUGCGCCGAGUCCGAGCUGAACGCCAUUCUGCUCAAGGAUGCCAUUUACAAUGCUGUGGGCCAGGCUUCGUUUCAUUUCUUCAAUAAACUGGACUUUGGCACGUGGCUGACAUCGCAGCUGCUCGCCGAACUGCGCAUUGAGGCGCCCAAUUUUCGCAUCCUGCGUCGUCGCAUCAUUUGGCUGGUCGGCAAUUGGGUGGGCGUACAGCUGCCGCGCGAGUUGCGUCCGCUCGCCUACGAGGCGUGUCUGCAUCUGCUGCGACGCGAGGAGGAUAUGCCCAUCAGAUUGGCCGCUGCUCGCACUCUCAAUUCGCUCAUUGAUGACUUUGAAUUUAUGCCGGAGGCAUUUCAUCCCUAUUUCGCCGCACUCUUCGAGGCACUGUUUCUGCUGUUGCGCGAGGCGUGCGCCUGCGACACCAAAAUCGUUGUCCUCGGCACCAUGACGCUGCUCGUCGAAAAGAUGAGCGAAUUUAUUGAACCGCAGGCCUUGCAGUUCAUCGGCUAUUUGCCGCUGUUGUGGCGCGAGAGCGAGGAGCAUGAAUACAACAUGUUGCGUUGUGCCAUCAUUGGCACCCUGGAGCAACUGGUGCGCACCAUCCGGGAUGUGCCGGAGAGCAUGAAGCCUUUCCUCUACAGCGUCAUCGAGCUGAGCACAGAUCUGCAGCAACGCUCUCAUGUUUACCUGAUAGAGGAUGGCAUCAUGCUCUGGCUGGCUGUCAUUGGCAACUCGACGGCUCUGACACCGGAGCUGCUGCAGCUGUGCGAUCAUCUUUUGCCCAUCAUUGAGAUGUCGUCGGAGAAUCUGCGCACAGUGCUGCAAUUGAUUCACGCCUAUAUUCUGCUCGAUGCGCAUGCCUAUCUCAGUCGCUAUGGCGAAGGCUUUGUGGCGUAUUGUGUGCGCUCCUUUGAGGAUAUACGCACCGAGGGCAUCAUUGCCAUGCUGCGCAUCUUUGAGACGUGCCUCAAGACGGACGCCACGAUGGGUUUGCGCCUGGUGCGACCCGCUCUGCCCUUUGUCUUCCAGCAGGUGUGUCUCAAACAGGAAUAUCCCAUGACGAUGAGCUGGUAUCUGACGCUGCUGGCACGCACCCUGCUCAUCGAUCAAACGGUCUUUAUGUCUGUGGUGCAAGAGUUGCCACAAACGGAUGCACUGGCACGCAUUCUCGACGUUUGGAUUGAUAUGUUUCCGCUCGUUGCGGACACGCAUGCCGAGAAACGCAAACUAUUCUGUCUCGCCUUUGCCUCGAUCUUUGGUAGCAAUGAGUUGCUGCUCGCCCGCAUGCCGCACAUCUUGCAGCUUGUGGAGGAGACCCUCGGCGAGGUGAUGGACAAACAGUAUGCGGCUAGUGAUGAGAGUGCGGACAAGACGACACCGAGAUACUAUGACUCGCUAGUCAUACAUGACGAGCACGAGCUGGAGGAGUUCCAGCCGCAGCUAUACGAUGACUAUCACUCGAAGACCUAUCAUGACGACAGGCAUCGUCAGCUGGUGCUCAAGGAUCCCGUCUAUAAAAUCCCCCUAACCGAAUACCUCAAAUGGCAGCUGCAGCAUCUGCAAACACAACUCGGCCCCGCACGCUACGAGCAACUGAUGCGCUCCGUUUGCCCGGAGGUCAUCGAGAAGAUCAACAUGUACAUUGAGCAGACGGUGCCCAAGGCCUGCGUCGUUUGCGCCGGCGGCAGUGAUGACAAUGAUCAGCAACAGCAGCAGCAGCAGUUGGCGUUAGAUCAGACCAGCAAUCAGACAGCAAUCGACUAGGGAUUAGCAAGGAUUGCAAAGAGGGGGGAUUCACACGCCCGACCAGUGCUGGGGCGUCGUUAAUUGCUGUGCUUCAAAAGCUUUCUACCGUCUAAGUUAUUAAUGUAUUUUGUAUUGAAAUUAUAUAUUUUUAAUUGUUAAAUGAAUCUGAUGAAAAACGUGUGCAUCUCCGCCGCAAGCUGUGUGCGCAUCAUUAAUCCAUAACCUGGUUUUCAGUCGGGGUUUUGAUUUUUUAAUUGUGUAAAUCGACUUAAUCCGUUAAUAAACAGGCUUGCACCUGUUGUCAGAACUCCAA